GAGAGGAUCGAGGGCGCGCAUGAGAAAAUGUUGCGCAGGAGGAAAGCAGCGAGCCGGGCUGUAUGGAGCUAUCUGCAAUAGGUGAGCAGGUAUUCGCGGUGGAGGAUAUCAGAAAGAAGCGCAUCCGAAAGGGCAGUGUGGAAUACCUUGUGAAAUGGAAGGGCUGGCCACCAAAGUACAGUACGUGGGAACCCGAGGAACAUAUUCUGGACCCGAGACUGCUCAUGGCUUAUGAAGAAAAAGAGCAGAGAGACCGGGCUCUCGGCUAUAGGAAACGAGGUCCCAAACCAAAGCGAUUCCUACUGCAGCGGAUCUAUGGCAUGGACCUGCGCAGCGCCAACAAGCUGAAGGACAAGGGCAAGGUCCGCCUCUCGCUGUCCUCCCGGAGGUUCCACGGCGGCCCGGAGUCGGGGCCGGCACCGCGCGAGCUCGCCGACAACGCCAAACGCAUCCACUUUCCGCUGGCUCGGAAGCACAAGAUCUUCAAGGUGACCGAGGGCAAGCUGGCGCGGGUGGUCAGCGCGGCCCAGGCACACCAGGACGGGGGCUUCUCCGAGGAAGAGCCUGGGCCCAACCACCGGGGAACCUUCCCCGACUCAGUGUACGAUGAUGAGGAAACGCAAAGCAUCCCCGACACGACGGAAGGUCCGACCUCUCCCGGCAGGAGCGCCGCGGCCAUCGGCGCCGGAUGGAACCCGUCUUCCCCGCUGGGGGACAUUACGGUGACGGACGUCACGGCCAACUCCCUCCCCGUCACCUUCCGGGAAGCGCUGGUGGCCGAAGGAUUUUUCAGGGAUCGCAGCCUGAGUUGCUAACGGCAACGGGGAAGGAAAACGAAAGGAAAUUCCCUUCCCCCCCCCUCCCCCCCCCAUAUCCGCUCCCGCUUCCUGUCCGUCUUCCGAAGUCCCUCGUCCGUCUUCCCUCGCAGCGAAGGUUCCCCUUUCGCGGCACCUCGUGGUCUGGCGUCAACGUUCUCUCUUGCCUCGCCGCCACUGAGGUCGGCCACACGCACGUCCGGCACAAUGGCCAAGGGUCGGACUUCCAUCCAGAAGACGUCUUGGGACGCGGCGGGGAUCGGACGCCGCUGUUUCCCGGCACCCGAGCUGCCUGGAGACAUGGAGACGUUGGGGGGGG